UCAACAGUUGUAUUAUUGCUAGUUAUGAAAAAAGCGGGUAGCGAAACUUUUAAUGGUUUUAUAAAAUCCUGCAGUGGCGAUUCGCCAGAAUGCUUAAAAGAGUUCUUACAAUCGGUCCUUGAAGUUUUCCUUAAUGGUAUUCCGGAGCUGGGAAUAAAAUGUCUAGAUCCAUUUGAAUUUGAAAACUUGCAAUUCAAUUUGCCCAGUGGAUUACAAAUUAAAUUCGUAAAUGGCAACGCAACAGGAUUUAAGAGUUGUAUUUUCGAUUCUGUAAGGAAUAUUGGAAAUAACUAUGAGUUGACGUCUCAUUGCAAUCUUACUAUCCAAGGUAGAUACAAGUCUUCCGGAAGAAUGCUCAUAUUUCCCGUAAAUGGAGAGGGAGAUUCUACCAUCAAGUGUAGUCGUAUAGAAAUGAAAACAAGUAUUCAAUUAAUUCCAAAACUAGCCAGUAAUGGUCGCGAGCAUAUAGAAAUAAGUAAAAUCAAAUCAACGCACACAUUUAAAGAACAAGUUUCCUACAAUUUUACAAACAUCUUCAAAGGAAACCCUGUUUUGAGUAAAAUGGUUCUAGAUUUUAUGAAUAAAAAUUGGCUUAUGGUUGCUGAAGAAUUUGGCGAUCCAAUUGUUAAAUAUGGUAUCGAAGAAAUAUUGAAUAAUGUAAAUAAAUUGUUUCGGAGUUUACCAUCUGAUAGAUUGAUUUUAUUAACAAUGUAA